AGGGGUCCCUUAGCGGCCGCUUAGUUUGCUUACGCCUUGGCCCAGCUAUGUGCAAGUGGAUAAAAAAAAGAAAAAAAAAAGACGUGCAACCAACUCCGGUCUACCUGCUUUAAAUAAACUCCUAUGUGAAACAUUGGCUUCGUAUUAAUUGUGGCCUUGAGUUGAGAUGUGCUAGCAGAGAUCCUAGGUUCCCUUUGAAAGAUGAGAACAGUUUUGAAGGUGGGCAGGGCAGCGCAGGUAGAGGGCUUUUAUAAGACUUGUUCUUCCUGUGAGUGUGGUUAUUCCCUAAUUUUCUGUAGGUGGGUUCCGCGCCAGGAGCUCGGCAUUGCGGCCGAGCUUCUUCUUGGAAAAGGGCGUCAAAGAGCAGCUGAGACAGGCUCAACAUUUGACUGCUACGUUUCCGCUCUGAAACUGCUGCAACGAGCUGGUGCGGGACAUCUUUCCACAUUUAACCAGAUGUCCGUACAACUGGAAGGAGCCCUGCAGCAGAGGAGAACAGCAAAAAGUGAAGCCCUACAAUCUGAGGAAGUUUUUGACGUGACCACCUCUGACGGAGGCGCCGGUGAGCGCCGCAGCCCCGGGGACGAAGGAGAGCCCAAAACAGUGGCUCCUCCAGAGUCUCAGGCGGGCUGCGAGCAGAAAGCUCAGCGCAAGAUGACCCGCAGCCCCAAAUGCGCCCGCUGUCGCAACCACGGCGUCGUAUCGUGCUUGAAAGGCCACAAACGCUUCUGCCGCUGGAGGGACUGCCGGUGCUCCUGCUGCCUGCUGGUGGUGGAGCGGCAGCGCGUCAUGGCAGCGCAGGUUGCGCUAAGAAGGCAGCAGGCUGCGGAGGUCAGAAGAUCGCAUGGACAGGGUAAAAAGGGGGUCAAGUGCUCAGCUCCGUUGAGGAGAACAGCAUAUCAUUGUUUUACCAGAGCAGUUGACUCAUGCAUUGUGACUAAGAGCCACCCGCAGGGGUCAAAACCUCUAACGCCGCCAGAGGACGGUGUGUCCAGUUGGUUGAAGCAGCAUCACCAAACUCACUUUCACUGCCCCUCCAUCACCGCCCGCAUGAGGAAGAGACGAGCCUUUGCAGACAAAGAGCUGGAGAACAUGAUGCUGCAGCGCGGGUUUGGACAGAGAGAGCUGCAGAGCGAAGUUUCUUUCUCUCCGUCCGCUCUCAUACCCAUACUUCAUCCUCCAACUCUUCCCGUCUCCCCAUACCUCCGCUGCUGCUCCCCCAACGAGGACUCUUCCUCUGCAGGGACAUCCAGCUGUGUGCCUGUAUAUAAAUGUAAGCAGCUCUGUGACUGUGGCCUCCAGUUUUAUGACUUCUUCCACCUUAAGAGUAGGUGCUCCACAGGAGGUGACUGUAAUGGCUUUUUGUUAAGUCCAAGCUCAGUGCGGCCCGGAGAGGAUAAGGAGGCGCAGAUUGGUUGGAGAGACUGUGGGAAGAGAAACAAGCCAGAGCUAACACCCCCACCAUCACAGAAAAGACUCAAAACUGAUGUUAACACUGUGCCAUGUGUUUGCUUUGUCAAACCUACAUUAAAACAAACAGAAACAACCGACUUUGAUGACUUUUCAACAGCCAGACUCUCGACUUUUGGAUCAGAUCUGCCUGUUCUAAGUGAGAGAGAUGUCCCGGCACACAGCAAGACUUUUGAUGCCAGACUUUUAGCAGGAAGAGGCUGGAAUGCAGACACUGGUCCCACCAAGGCAGGUCCUCUUACAGACUUUUAUGAGGGCUCUCAUCAUGACUCGGUGAGGACUCCUACCGUGAGGCCGUUGCCUUUUUCUGUAGAAGCUCUGCUGAGAGCCUGACAGGCAAAGUGCACUUAGUUAUAUGUCAACUUAGAUUUAAAGCUAUAAAUAUAAUAACAGCAACACACUUGCAUUAUUUAAAUUUUCAUAAAAAUAUUUUUGUAAUUUUUCAAAUAUUACAUAAAGCUUAACACUGACAGAUAAAUAUUUUUCAUUACUCUAUUUUCAUGUAAAAGACUGCUUUGGAUGCAGUGCAUAAGAUGUGUUUCUUUAUCCUCCUUUUCAGUGCAAUAAAAACCUUUUAAAUCCA